GGCUGCCGGGGACCAAUAGGAUGAGGGCUUUCUGCGAGCGCACUCCUAGCAGCGAAGAUGGCGCCUCCCGCUCGGUACUGCGUCCCCGGCGAGCGGCUGUGCAGCGCGGAGGAGGCCACGGCUGGCAGCGGGACGUACACCCGGCACGGCUUCAUCUUCUCCUCGCUGGCCGGCUGCCUGGAGAAGAGGAGCGAGGACAGCGGGCUGCCCGUCGUGUCGGUGGUGAGAGAUGCCGAGUCCCAGCUCCUGCCCGACGUGGGGGCUGUGGUGACAUGCAAGGUUUGCAGCAUUAAUUCCCGCUUUGCCAAAGUGCACAUCCUGUACGUCGGCUCCACGCCACUGAAGUCCACCUUCCGAGGGACCAUACGGAGAGAAGAUAUUCGAGCCACAGAGAAAGAUAAGGUAGAAGUGUACAAGAGUUUCCGCCCCGGUGACAUAGUCCUGGCCAAAGUCAUCUCGCUGGGGGAUGCACAGUCCAACUACCUGCUGAGCACGGCGGAGAACGAGCUGGGGGUGGUGGUGGCACGCAGCGAGGCAGGAGUGCAGAUGGUGCCCAUCAGCUGGUGUGAGAUGCAGUGCCCGCGGACGCACACCAAGGACUUCCGAAAGGUGGCCCGCGUGCAGCCCCAGUUCCUGCAGACCUAGCAGGGACCCUGCGGGGUGAGGGACUGGGGGCUGCGGGGCCAGAGCCAGCCGCUGGGCUCCAGCCACCUCCACACAUGCAAGAGGCCAGAGCAGCUGGACAGACCUUCGUUGGCAGGAUGGAUUUUUCUAUUUGUGGAUAAUAAAUAUUUUUUGAGAGCUCUGCGCUCUGCUGUUACA